AUGCUCCACACACUAGAUUCUUUCACCUACAUGGGCUGGACAGUAUACAACCUUGCCAAGACUGCGACUCAGCUUGGUGGCGGAAUGGCUCUACUAGCUUUACUCGGUCUUUACUACUAUCAAAACUCACUCAUAUAUCCCUCCUCCUUGAAUGACGGGCAUGGAUAUUGUGCUACUCCGGAUGAAUAUGGCAUACCUUACGAAGCGUUGAAUCUCACCACAAGUGAUGGGGAAACCCUUCAAUGUUACUCCAUGAAACAAGACAGCAAGAGUCCAGACUAUACUAACAAAACAGUACUUAUGCUUUCUCCUAAUGCUGGAAACAUCGGCCACAGUUUACCAAUUGCCUCCAUUUUUUACACAAAGUUUGGCUACAAUGUCUUUAUUUACAGCUACAGAGGGUAUGGACAUUCUACAGGUACCCCAAGUGAAAUGGGGUUGAAAAAGGAUGCAGAUACCGUAGUUGAAUACUUGAUUCAAAAUGACAACCAGUACCAACAAUCUUCAAUAGUGUUGUACGGAAGAUCAUUGGGUGGAGCAGUUGCUAUUUACAUAGCAGCAACUAAAUCUGCUUCCAUCGACGGUUUGGUUUUAGAAAAUACAUUCUUAUCAAUCAGAAAGACUGUCCCCCACAUCUUCCCAGUGUUAAAGUACAUCACUAGUUUUGUUCACCAAAAAUGGGAUCUGGAGUUGCUACUUUCUCAAGUUUCACCCAAGAUUCCAGUAUUGUUACUUAGUGCCCGAAAAGAUGAGAUUGUUCCUCCUCAACAUAUGGAUGAAAUUUACAACUUGUUGCCAAGCGAUUGCAAAGACAUGGUCAAGUUUGAAGAUAGUUACCACAAUGACACUGUAUUGCAAGAAUCUUAUUGGGACACAAUUCAUACAUUUAUCAGAGAUAAAGUAAACCCUGUAGGUUUGUAA